GGCCUCCCUGGAGUUGGAUGGAGUGAAAGAUGCGGCCCGAUGACAUCAACCCGAGGACGGGGCUGGUGGUGGCCCUGGUCAGUGUCUUCCUGGUCUUUGGCUUCAUGUUCACUGUCUCUGGGAUGAAAGGGGAGACGCUGGGAAACAUCCCCCUCCUAGCCAUCGGGCCAGCCAUCUGCCUACCCGGCAUUGCAGCCAUCGCACUGGCCAGGAAGACUGAGGGGUGCACCAAAUGGCCAGAGAAUGAGUUACUCUGGGUGCGCAAGUUGCCCUGUUUCCGGAAGCCUAAGGACAAGGAGGUAGUGGAGCUGCUGAGGACCCCUUCGGACCUAGAGUCAGGCAAGGGGAGCUCCAAUGAGCUGGCUAAGAAGGCGGGCCUCAAGGGGAAGCCUCCCCCACAGGGGCAGAAUGAGGUGCCCAUAGCCAGUUCCAUCACUUCCCCGACCCCUACCCCCACGGAGGAAGGAGAAUACCAGAGCCCUGUCCAGAGUGGGCAUCGGGAAGAGACUUCCAGAUACUUGGAUGGCUAUUGUCCGUCGGCCAGUUCCCUUGCCUACAGUGCCUUGGAUGCCAAGUGCUCUGCCUGGGACAGGUCCGAGUGCCCUGAGCCUGAGGACAGCAUCUUCUUUGUGCCCCAGGACAGUAUCAUCGUUUGCUCCUACAAGCAGAACAGCCCCUAUGACAGAUACUGUUGUUACAUCAAUCAGAGCCAAGGCAGGUGGGACCAUGAAACAAUAGUCUAGGGCGGGUUUUGCAGAAGAAAGUUCACUGUACUGCUAGAAAUGUGACUACCUUCAGCUUCCAAGGAAGACACCUGCCCCGCUCCUACAGCCUCAAACUGUUAGAAAUGGGUAUAUGAUGGGAGUGCAGACUUCC